AUGACUGAACUCAUCUCAGCCAAGCACAUAGCUCAGGCUGCUGCGGUUAGAUUUGAGCUAAGAGGAGGUGAUUGGAAAGAUGCGUUCUUGCAAAUGGAUGGAGAGCCAUGGAAGCAGCCAAUGAGCACUGAUUACUCAACGUUUGUGGAGAUUAAGAAAGUUCCUUUUCAAUCUCUAAUGAUAAAUGGUGUGUGA